ACCCCGCUUCCCUUAUCCACAACUGCCCUUUCUAAAACCCCCACGCAGCCGACACACGAACACGCGGGUAGCGGCGCUCCACAGGAGAAGAGACGCGGCCAUUGCGAUGGUGCCGCCGCCCGCCUGCUCGCUCCUCCUCCGGGUCGCCGCUGCCGCGCCCAUUUCCACCGCCUCCACAUCCGUUUCCGUUCCGCGCGCCCCCCAUUUCCGCCCUUCCCCGCGUGCCGCUUCCGCCCGCCGCCCCCUCACCGUGGCGUCGUCUCCGAAGGCCGCGCCCCCCGCUGCCAUCGACAUCCCGGAUGAGUACGUCGACGAGAUGGACGCGGUGAACAUUGCGCAGGACGUCACCCAGCUAAUUGGGAAAACACCAAUGGUAUAUCUUAAUAGUGUUGUUGAUGGUUGUGUGGCUAAUAUCGCUGCAAAGCUUGAGUACAUGGGACCUUGCCGAAGCAUCAAAGAUAGGAUUGGAUUAAGCAUGAUUAAUGAUGCUGAGGAGAAGGGAUUAAUUUCUCCAAAUAAGGCCACUUUGGUAGAACCAACCACUGGGAAUACUGGUAUAGCCAUUGCUUCUGUGGCUGCAGCUAGGGGAUACAAGCUGAUAGCAACUAUGCCUGCAUCGAUUGAUGUUGAGAGACGAAUUCUUCUACGUGCAUUUGGAGCGGAGAUUGUGUUAACUGAUCCUAGAAAAGGACUAAAAGGAGCUUUUGAUAAAGCUGAAGAAAUAGUUUUGAGGACACCAAAUGCAUAUAUGUUUCAGCAGUUCAACAAUUCAGCAAAUAGUGAGAUCCACUUUCAAACCACAGGCCCAGAAAUAUGGGAAGACACACUGGGUACUGUUGACAUACUUGUUGCAAGCAUAGGGACAGGCGGCACUAUUACUGGUACUGGGCGUUACUUGAAAAGGAUGAAGGAAGAUAUUAAGGUCAUUGGGGUAGAACCUGCUGAAACUAGUGUGAUCUCUGGUGACAACCCAGGUUACAUUCCAAGCAUAUUAGAUGUUAAGUUGAUUGAUGAGGUUGUGAAGGUUAGCACUGCAGAAGCCGUUGAUGCUGCAAGGGAACUUGCACUAAAAGAGGGUUUGCUGGUUGGCAUUUCUUCAGGUGCUGCAGCAGUUGCUGCUAUUAAUGUCGCCAAAAGACCUGAAAAUGCUGGAAAGAUGAUUGUGGUUGUUUUCCCCAGCUUUGGAGAGAGAUAUAUCUCUAGCAUUCUGUUCCGUCCGAUAUAUGACUCAGUUCGAAGAAUGAGGAAGAAAUAGCCAACUUUUUACAACUUUAAGCGGAUGAAGCUUCCCUUCUCUAAACCUAAGCUUCCCUUCUCGAAGCCUGACAGGCUUCCACAACAUGACAAACAUGAAAGAGUGAAGACCCUGGUAGAUUGCAACAAGCAGGGUCCGAAGUUUUUGAAACGUGCUUUCGCCGAAACCGCUGAUCAUAGAACGUUUAAACUGCACAAUUGCUAUCAAGUGAGCUGCAAACCUGCAGCUUGGUUCCAGGAUAUACUGCCACUCACACGUUCAGAACCUGCCUGCACAUCCUUGGUGACACUAACAAAAAUUAGGUGUUGCAGAUCGCUUAGGAUCUUUCUUCCAGUAGCCUAGGACCGGUGACGAACCAGGCUUGUAAUCUGAUACAUAUUUGAGCUAAUCUUAGCAAACCACUGUCAGCACAUUCUUCUUGUCUUUUGAAUUUCGAUUAUUGCAUCUCUUAUUA